CCCAUUGCGGGCAGCGAGUUGGUUCUCACCAGGACCCAGAUGCGGCAGCUACAGGUUCGCUUCCUCGGCCGGCAUCUUCAGGAAAGAUGAAGGUGCCUGAAGGGAAACGCAUCCUCAGCGAUCAGGUAUCGGGGGUUUAACCUGCCCUCAAAUCUGCACCAGACCACGGAAGCAGUAAGUGCACCAGAGAAACAUUUUUUUUAAAAAAAAUCCAAAGCUGAAAUUUAGAAGAAUGCAGAAACAUUCCAAGAAUUCCAGAUUAAAACCAAAGAAGAUUUUGAGUGUUUAGAAGAGGACUCCAGUACACAAAAGCAGAAUGAUGGUAUUGCAAACAAGGCCAGAAUUUACCAUCCUGGUUUUGAGAAGCUAACCAACCAUUUUGGAGAGCAGUUAAAGAGGCAGACACACUGUAGUGGGUCUGGAGUUACAUUAUCGCCCAGAUCAGAAGUUUGAUGUUCUGAACCAAAGAUGCCGCUCAUCAAGAGGAUCAUUGAACCUCGGCAUCUGUGUCAUGGGGCUUUACCAGAAGGUGUCACCAGUGAGUUGGAAUGUGUGACAAACAGCACAUUAGCUGCCAUUAUAAAGCAACUUGGCAGUCUCAGCAGACAUGCUGAAGAUAUAUUUGGCGAGCUCUUUAAUGAAGCUAACAAUUUCUGUAUGAGAGUUAAUUGUCUCCAAGAGAGAAUUGAUUGCCUGGCAAUUAAAGUCACUCAAUUGGACUCCACUGUGGAGGAAGUGUCACUUCAGGACAUCAACAUGAGGAAAGCAUUUAAGAGUUCAACAACACAAGAUCAGCAGGUGGUUUCACGGAAUACUAUUCCAAAUCCAGUAUUGGAAAUGUUCCAACAAUGUGACAAACCGCCACCUCUCAACAUCCUGACACCAUACAGGGAUGACAGAAAAGAUGGGUUGAAAUUCUACACCGAUUCCUCGUAUUUCUUCAAUUUAUGGAAGGAAAAGAUGCUGCAGGCUACAGAGGAUAAAAGGAAGGAGAAACGAAGACAAAAGGAGCAGAAACUGGUGGAAGACGCCACUCGUGAGGUGAAGAAGGUUCGUAAAGCUCGAACCCGACGACCAGAGUGGGAUGUGAUGGGACGCGAUAAAGAGUUUCGAGCUGAUCACAGGUUUUCUCCAUCACCCUAUCACGUAGCAUCUUCUGAAGGUUCAGUGUCACCUGAUACCAGGUCUUAUGUAUCUGAUGUUGGAGAGCUUUCGUAUCCUGCUAGUCCCAAUCAUCCAGUUCAACAGUCAGCCACCUCCGUUUCCUAUGUAGUACCUGAUAACAAAGAGGUCUUGUCAGCUGUAACCCAGGCACAGGAUCGUGCAUACAGACUACCUGCCACAAAUGUUCGGCAAGGCUCACUCACCAGACCACAGCAGCCCCAUCUAACACAGCCUACUGAAGCUACACUGAAUGGACCAAGACCCCAGCUAGUUAAAGACUACAGUGCACAGCCAGUGCAGUUGGCAGAGUACUAUACACCACCUGCUCCUGCUCCUCCUCCACCACCCCCUCCCCUCAUCCCAUCAGCACAAACAGCAUUUGACAGUCCAAUUUCUGCACCUCCACCUCUUGCAGUCAGUUCAGUGGCAGCAGUGGGCCGCACGUAUACCCCUUCCCCUCCCCCGCCUGCACCUCCAUUGUCUUAUACACCACCCCCUCCUGGUCCCCCUGCUGCACCCCCUCCUCCUCCACCUGGUCCACCCCUUCUAGCCCCAUCUCCGCUGCACUCUGCUUCACCACCCACUGCAAUUGAAAUAAAGAAAGCCCAAGCAACUCUGAUGCCAAUUAGUGAUGCUCGAAGUGACUUGCUGGCUGCUAUUCGAAGAGGAAUUCAGCUUCGAAAAGUACAAGAACAACGAGAGCAAGAAGCAAAAAAGGAGCCCGUUGGGAAUGAUGUGGCAACCAUUCUGUCCCGUCGGAUUGCAGUGGAAUACAGCGAAUCUGAUGAUGACUCAGAACUGGACGAGAAUGAGUGGUCUGAUUAAUAAGUUGAUUCAGUAAUGUUCUAUGGAAUGACCCUGCCAACAAGUUUUAUUUUGUUUGUUUCUGAUGAAGUGGAAUGGUUGGUAAUUGCAGUUACAUUUACAUGUUUUCAGUUAAUGCAUCAGGUUAACUACACUCAAGCAAAGUGCACAUAAAAAUACGUAAAAUAAAUCAUUGUUGUUCAUCAGCUUG